UCUUGAUUCAUUUCUUUCUUCCGCGUUCAUCCCACCUCAAUAAAUAUUUUAAACUUUUUUUUUUCAUAUUAAUUUCAUAAAUAAUUGACCCCGUCAAGACCCGACCAACUCCAAAACCCCAAAUUUUCCCUCUUCUCUGUCUCUUCCUCCCCUCUGCCGGUAGCGGCAAAGAAGAGAAACGAAGAACCCCGAAAUCCGGCCGUAACAGUUUUCUGUUUUUUGCUCGAAACCAAGUGGGGAGAAGAAAGAAGAAGUAAACAAGAAAAAUGGGUUUCAUGUCAUUUGUGGGACGAGUUUUGUUUGCUUCUAUUUUUAUUCUCUCCGCUAGGCAAAUGUUCAAUGAAUUUGGGGUUGAUGGCGGGCCUGCAGCAAAGGAAUUGAUACCAAAGGUUGAUCUUGCUAAGAAACAUAUAUAUUCUCAACUCCAUGUAAAUUUGCCAGAUAUUGAAGUUAGACAAUUAGUCGCAGCUGCCAUUGCUUUGAAGGGACUUGGUGGCAUUCUAUUUGUAUUUGGCCAUGGCUUUGGAGCCUUUCUCCUGGGUGCCUACUUGCUGGUUAGCACUCCUCUUCUCUAUGACUUCUACAACUAUGGUCCCAAUGAACCUCAAUACUCUGCUCUGCUCAGUGAUUUCGUGCAGUGUGUUGCACAAUUUGGUGCAUUACUUUUCUUCUGGGGGAUGAAGCACUCAAUACCUAAGAGGCAACUGAAGAAGAAGGCCCUGAAAUCGAAAGCUGCUUAGAUUUAUUGAAGAAGUAGCUGGUGAAGAUUGGAAAGUUCUUCAAGUCUUGAUAUUUAAAUGAUGUCAAGUAGUGGCUGUGCAGCACCAGAUAAUGUUUUGCAGAUCUACCAAAUAUUGAUUGCAUCCCAAUUUUAGGAGUUGUUAAGUUUUUAUUGGUUCUUUAUUCACCAGAACGUUUGAAAAAUUGAAUGGAUUGCUCCUUGUUUAUUUUCUAUGACAAUUUGAUUUUGAGUUCAAAAAUUAGGGUUUUGAUGACUACUUAUA